GCGCAGGCCAUGGGCUCCGCGAGGCCGCCGCAGCCCCCAGCCGAGGGCUGGCGCUGGCCUCUGCGCCUGCCGCACGCGCCUCUCGAGCUGCCGCGGCUGGACCCCGUCGGCGGCGCGCUGCUGCUGCUCGGCCUCGCGGCGCUGCUCCGCUGGAGCUGGCUGUGGCGGCACCGGGCGCGGGGCAUCCCCCCGGGGCCCACGCCCUGGCCCGUGGUGGGCAACUUCGGCUUCGUGCUGCUGCCACCGUUCCUCCGACGGAAGAGCUGGCUGCAUCGCCGGGCGACGGCCGCAGGAGUGGAGCCCUCGGCCCUGGGCCCGCAGUUGCUCCUGGCCGAUCUGGCCCACAUAUACGGCAACGUCUUCAGCUUUUUCAUCGGCCACUACCUGGUGGUGGUCCUCAGCGACUUCCAAAGCGUGCGCGAGGCGCUGGUGCAACAGGCCGAGAUCUUCAGCGACCGCCCGCGGGUGCCGCUCGUCUCCCUCGUAACCAAGGAGAAGGGGAUUGUAUUUGCACAUUAUGGUCCAGUCUGGAGACAACAGAGGAAGUUCUCUCAUUCAACUCUUCGUCAUUUUGGCUUGGGAAAACUUAGCUUGGAACCCAAGAUUAUUGAAGAGUUUAAAUAUGUGAAAGAGGAAAUGCAGAAGCAUGGAGAAGACCCCUUCAGCCCCUUCCCCAUUCUCAACAACGCUGUCUCCAACAUCAUUUGCUCCCUGUGCUUUGGCCAGCGUUUUGAUUACACCAAUAGUGAAUUUAAGAAAAUGCUCAAUCUUAUGUCACGAGCGUUAGAAAUCUGUCUGAACACCCAGCUCCUCCUGGUCAAUAUAUGCUCCUGGCUGUAUUAUCUUCCCUUUGGACCAUUUAAAGAAUUAAGACAGAUUGAAAAGGAUAUUACCACUUUCCUUAAAAAAAUCAUCAAAGACCAUCAAGAGUCUCUGGAUGUGGAGAAUCCUCAGGAUUUCAUAGACAUGUACCUUCUCCACGUGGACGAGGAGAGAAAAAAUAAUAGCAAUAGUAGCUUUAACGAAGAUUAUUUAUUUUAUAUCAUUGGGGAUCUCUUCAUUGCUGGAACUGAUACCACAACUAACUCCUUGCUUUGGUGCCUUCUGUAUAUGUCACUGAACCCCAACAUACAAGAAAAGGUUCAUGAAGAAAUCGAAAGGGUCAUUGGUGCCAACAGAGUCCCUUCCCUCACUGACAAGGCCCAGAUGCCCUACACAGAAGCCACCAUCAUGGAGGUGCAGCGGCUGACUGUGGUGGUGCCACUUGCCAUUCCUCAUAUGACCUCAGAGAAAACAGUGCUCCAAGGAUAUACCAUUCCUAAAGGCACAGUGGUAUUACCCAACUUGUGGUCAGUACACAGAGACCCAGCCAUUUGGGAGAAACCAGAUGAAUUCUACCCUAAUCGAUUUCUGGAUGAUCAGGGACACCUUAUUAAAAAAGAAACAUUUAUUCCUUUUGGGAUAGGGAAGCGGGUGUGUAUGGGAGAACAACUGGCAAAGAUGGAAUUAUUUCUGAUGUUUGUGAGCCUAAUGCAGAGUUUCACAUUUGCUUUACCGAAGGAUUCCAAGAAGCCCAUCCUGACUGGAAGAUAUGGUCUAACGUUAGCCCCACAUCCAUUUAAUAUAAUCAUUUCAAAGCGAUAAAGAACAUGCCCAAGAAGAGGAUGUAAAUCCAUUUCCUUCUAAGCAGAUGCUUCCUCUGCAGUUGACAGCAGACCCAGCAAUGCAGUGGGUCCAGGUCAGGCUCAGAUGAGAGUGAGCCUGGAAGGAGGGUAGAGCUUGAUUCUUCAAUAGCCUACGUUCGUCAUUUUAUAAUGUGCAUCUGUGACUCACAGGUCGGGGGCCAAAGGGCUGGAUCUGGAAGAAGGGAUCUGCAGUUGAUUCCCAGUGGCUCCCACCAAUGAACGUUUCUUCUCAGCUCUCAGUGCCUCAGUCAUUCCAUGUGUAAAAUGAGGUUAAGAAAAUUCCGAUCCCAUGAACCUCAAGAUCAUGACUUGAGCCAAAAGCAAGAGUCAGAUGCUUAACUGACUGAGCUGUGCAGUCACCCCAUAUCUCUACCUUCUUUUUCAACUAUAGGAACCAUGAGCCUGGCUGAAGAGGUGGCUUCAAGGCAGAGCUCCUUUCUGCUGAGCUACUUGCAGAGAGGUAGCCUCUGCCUUUUGACUUGAGCCCUGAAGAGUAAGCUUGGGCAUUUUGAUACUGGGAUUCAUCAGGGAAAGAUUCAACCUGUGCUGAACAUCCCUUUUCUGUUCUCUCUUCCACUGGGCUUAAUAUGUCUCCUCUUUCAGUACUCUCAAAGACAGAGAGACAAUUUUUUUAAAUGUUUGUCUAUCUAUUUUUUGAGAGAGAGA